UGCCUCUGCCUCUGCCUCUGCCCCAGGGUGUGUACCACCACACCUUGCUUUUCAUUCCUCUUUAAAAGUUUUUGUGCAUGACCAUAGUUCACAUUGUAGAAAGUGUGUUCAGAUGCACUGCUCAAAGUGACCUUCCUGAAACUGGCAGGGAAGUCUUACAAUGUAAGAAAUUCAGGAAGGGUGAGUCACUUGCCUCUAGUCCAGAGUUCUUUAUCUUUUUAAUAUAGAUAGGAACUUUUAUAGUAAAUAUUUCAAGGUAUUGAAUAUGAACUUAAUUCAAAUUGGCACUCCUCUCCUCCACCUUCUUAAGACUGGUAUUUUCUGUUUGGUCAGAUUUAGCUUGGGACUUUGAAACCUUCCACCGGUUGGAAGGGAGGGGAACAGUUUAACUCAUGCUUUUGAGGUAAUGUGGAAAUUCACUUCAGUUUCUGAAGUCUUUUUUUUUUUCUUCUCAAUUGGUGGGUUUAAAUUCAGUAGAAAGAAGUGACAAGAAUAAAGCCUGGGAAGAUGGCCCUUAGCAAGCAUGGAUAAUCAAACAACAGCAUUGUGACUCUUUUUCUGCCUGUGGCCUCAACUAUGAAUAAGGACUGCACCUCUGUGCAUUUGGUUGGUUUGUUAACAGUCAUUCAUCACAUCUCUUGAUGCUAAAGGCUAUCCCACCUUGCAGGAUGUGGAUUAUGGUACAGUAGAACAUUCAUCUGGAAUUCCUGUUGGUGAAAGCCUACUGAGACAUGAAGACUUGGGCCACUAGUUUUAUUUUUGAGAGCCUGGUGUUGACAGUCUACCUGCCUGUGUUAUUAGCUUCACCUAAAACACUGGCCAUCCCUGAGAAGCUGCAGCAAGCUGUGGGGAGAGUCAUGGUCAAUGCCACGACAUGCACUGUUACAUGUGGCCUUGGUUAUAAGGAGGAGACUGUCUGUGAAGUGGGCCCUGAUGGAGUGAGGAGGAAGUGCAAGUCUCAGCGCUUGGAGUGUCUAACCAACUGGAUCUGUGGAAUGCUCCAUUUUACCAUUCUCAAGGGGGAGGAAUUUGAGCUUAGCUGUCUCAGUUCAGACAUCCUGGAUAUCGGGCAGGAAGCUUUCCGUUUCACCUGGAGGCUUGCUCGGGGCAUCAUCUCCACCAAUGAUGAGGUUUUCAAACCCUUCCGAGCCAACUCCCACUUUUUGAGGUUUAAACCUGCUCAAGAAUAUGACUCUGGGACAUACCGCUGUGAUGUGCAGCUGCUAAAAAACUUGAGACUUGUCAAGAGGCUCUAUUUUGGGCUGAGAGUCCUUCCUCCAAAGUUGGUAAACCUGAAUUUCAAUCAAUCCCUUACUGAGGAUCAGAAGUUAAUAGAUGAGGGCUGGGAAAUUAAUCUUGACAACCAUUCCAAGCCUCACCUCCCAAAGUGGCAAAAGAAGGUAGCAUCAGCCUUAGGCAUAGGCAUUGCUGGUGGAGUGGUUGGUGGUGUGUUGUUGAGCAUUGCUCUCUGCAGAGUGUUGAGGGGGACCUACAGUUAUGGCAGCCUCGGCAGCUUAUAAGCCUUUCUUCUGGGGAAAGCCCAGGAAGCCAAGCUAACUUUGUAGGUGAGUGUCCUGGCUGCCUGCCUGAUAGUGGAGUGGCUAAGAGAGAGGCUCUCCCAGCCAAAAGACUGGCUGAGAGGUGUGGAGGAUGCAACCUCAUGAUGGCUCAAGGCAGCAGUCUCUAUCAUCUUCAUGUUGAGUCUGCCUGACACUAGGUACUCAGGGGACCCACUGCAGGCUUUGCAUCUAUUCUUAGGGAGAGUUCUGUUUGCCAAGCUUGCUUUGUUUCCACUCAUCACAGCUUGUGUGCUACUCCCCUCCAUUGCCAUUCUUCUGAACAGUCUUUGUAUGGGCCAGAUGUACUGAUAGCUGUUUCAGUAGAAACAUUUUUUUUUAAAUUUUUGUCUUCA